GGAGUUGUAGGCCUUCGUUUAAACAUGAAUAAGAUUGGGCCUUAAAAGCAGGUGGAAAAGCAGGAAGGUGCAGCAGUAGAUAACAUUUAUCUCCGUACGGUGCAGAGAGAGGGGGGACCUCAUUCUUCAGGGGUAGCAGCCGGUGUUAGUUUGGUACAGCAAAAACAAACCCUGUGGAACCUUAAAAGGCUGAUGGACUUACUCCAACCAAAGCCUUCGUAGCCUAGAAGCCACCGUUUGCCCCACCUGUGCAGUUAAAAGCUCAGCGCUAAGGGUGGGUUGAGAAGUUGGCCACCUUAUGCCCUGUUUGAGUCUCGCGGAAGAAUAGUUCGAGCUGCGUUUUAUACGGAGGCUUCUGCAGCCCAGUCUUGUACGGGUUUGUUCGGAAGUCAGCUCCUACUUCAGUGGAGCUUACUCCCAAAAAUGAAACUUAGUCACCACUGCACAAGAAAAAAUAAACCUGAGCAAGUGAAAUGAUGCCUUUAUUUGGACUGCCUAAGCAUUAAAUGCUAGAAGGCAGCUUACAGCUGCCCCAAAGGAUGUGAUUUCAGGAUGGAGGCAUUGCUAGAAAGAAUGCAAAGGCAAGGACAAGGCAGUAGAGGUUUCCUGACUUCAUGUGAGGCUGAACUGCAGGAGUUGAUGAAGCAGAUAGACAUCAUGGUGGCGCAUAAGAGAGCUGAAUGGGAAAGCCAAACUCAGGCACUGGAGUCCUGUUUGGAUAUCCGAGAGCAGGAGUUGUCCACUCUCAAGAAUGCAUUGGAUGAGAAACGCAAAGAGAUUGAGAGGCUGUGCCAGAGACUGGAAGGGAUGGAACAACUGAAUCACGACAUGACUGUGGAAUAUGAACAGCAGUUAACAAAAGUCCAGGAAGAGCUGGCCAGACUGAAGAGAAGCUAUGAGAAAUUGCUGAAGAAACAACUGAAAGAAGCUAGGCAAUCUGCCAAGAGCCAAGAGGACGAUCAGUCUGAAGUAAGCAUCCUGACCAAGAGACUAGAGGAAUUCCGUCAAAAAUCUUUAGAUUGGGAGAAGCAGCGCUUGCACUACCAACAGCAUGUGGCAUCACUGGAAGCACAGAGGAAGGCUUUGGCUGAGCAGUCUGAGCUCAUUCAGACUCAACUGUCCAGUCGAAAGCAAAUGUUUGAGUCUCUGGAGCUGGCGAGCCAAUCUGAAAUCCAUCAUUUAACCAGCAAGCUGGAAAGGGCCAAUGACACUAUCUGUGCCAAUGAAUUAGAAGUGGAGAGGCUGAAUAUGAGAGUGGAUGAUUUGACUGAUACCAACCAGAAGAUUCUGGAUGAACAACAGAGACUCCUAGAUGAGCUGAGACUUUCCCAAAACUCACUGGAGGUUCUGCAUGAUGAAAAGAUGGAACUCAGAGCCACUCUGCUAUCUCAGGAGGAGUUUGUUAACAACUUACAGCUUCAUAAUGAACAGUUACAAAAGGAGGUGUCCAAACUAAAUGAGACCCUGCACACCAAAGAAGUUCUCAUCAGCCUGGGAUCUACGAACACAAAGCGCAUCCAGCCGUGUGAGGAGCUAACUAAGAAGUGUCGGGAGCUGCAGCUGGCUGAAGAGCACCUUUGCCAGGCCAAGGCUGAAAUUAAAAAGCUCAAGGAGCAGCUGUCACACAAGGAACAAAGUCAUAGCAGUGAGUUGGAAGGAAUGAAGCAGGAGGUCACACAAUUAACACAGGAAUUGCACCAGCGUGACAUCACAAUUGCUUCAUCCAGCGGUUCUACCUUGGACUUGGAGCAGCGACUCAGAAUAGAGAUUGAAAAAGCAGAACGAAAGGCAGUGGAGCACAGGGCUAUAUUAUCUCAGUUGGAAGCUCUCAGGCACGAAAACCACCAUCUCUCAGAAAUGCUGCAAAAGGCAAAAAACAUCCCCGUAGCAGAACUCCAGGAAAGUUAUGCCAAGGCCCUAAAUAAAGUGGAGUCUGAGAACAAGCAACUACAGAAAGAACUAGCAGAAACCAGAGCAAGCUUGGAAGCUUCAUCUUGGGUCUCGCAGGACAAAUAUGAGAGUAUUGUGCAACAGAUGCAGAUUCAGGUGGCAGAGGUAAAGAAUACAGAGAACAGGAGGAUGCAAGAGCUACAAUGCAAGCAUGAGGAAGAAAUGAGAGCACUUAAGGCUAGAUUUGACAAAAGUAUUCAGCACUAUGAAGAGGAAAUCCAGAAAGUGCGACACUUGUCAGCCAGAAAGGUUCCUGUUUCUAGUACAGCUGCUGGACUGUCACCUCGGAUCAGCAGGAGCAACUCUAUGGAAUCUUUGUCCUGUGAUCCCCUUCUGAGAUCAGAUCCCUUCUCAUGUGGAAACAAGGAAUUUAAUUAUGAUGUGUCAAGUGAGCGCGAGAGAGAAUUUUUGCCUUUGAGCCCCCUGCCUACUACAAACAUUGGUGUGAUUGCUGCCAAGUUCCUGGAAGAGGAAGAAGUAAGAUCUCACCAUAUUUUGGAACGCUUAGAUGCACAUAUUGAAGAGCUGAAAAGGGAGAGUGAAAAGACAGUGCAGCAGUUCUCACACAGCAAAAGUUACAUUGCUUCAAGGUCCAUGGAUUAAAGAGCUGGCUUAAUUUAAGUUACUUCGAGCAAUAGGCGGGAAGUGCUUGCGACCUAAGGAUUCUCAGGAGCAAGCAAGGGGCUUCCCUUCUUAUUUGUCCUAAGCUGCUCAGUGGUGGUGAAACGAAAAGGAAUGAAGUUGGUCUGGAGCAAAACAUUCUGUCUGGUGGCAGCAAUUGCACUACUAUAGACAAUCUCUUUGGCUGCCUUAAUUGCGUCCUGCUGCCCCAGAGUAUGCAGUGACCUUCAGAAGGUAGUAGUGAUGUAGCCUGUUGUAUGAGGAACAUAUAAAGCUUAUUUUAUGUAUAAAUGUAAA